AAGCAGCAGUGUUUUAACAAUUUCUCGACCAGAUCAGCUAAACUGAGAAUUGAGUGAAAACAUUCUGAUAGAGAGUUCUAAUAUCAUAAACAUCUAGAAACAUUAAAAGCUGUGUAUACCAGAUCCGGUUUGUGAACAUUUAUGUACUCGUCUAAUUGUGGUGCGGAGGAGGAUGGACUUUAGCUCUUUGGUCACGCCUCCCAGCCUUCAGUGGUCUUGGAUACAGGUUUCCAAGCUUUUCGAGUUCUGGCACACCUACAUUUCAACCUGUAUGUCUGUGAUGAAUUAUCAACAUCUCGCCCUCGUCUUGACCCUGGGUGUCCUCCUGAGCACGGAGGUGGCUGGACACUAUGGCUUCUACGGUCACCAAGGCCAGUACCGACCAUUCGGUCACUUUGGAGGAGGAGGCAGAUUCCAAGGAGGUCGUGGCUUUCCUGGGAAUACCUUCGGAGGCGGAAGAAUCCCAGGUGGUGGUGGUGGUGGUACCACAGUUAACAGGCCCGUAGGAGGGACCUGUCCCCCAGUGCGACCUUCCUGCACAGCCUCCAGGUCCCAGCCGGCUACGUGUACGUCGGACAGACAGUGUUCAGGGGGCUUCAAGUGCUGCUUCGACGCCUGUGUCCAGACCGAAGUGUGUAAAGCCCCCGUCUAGCGGUCCACCGGGAGCCAUCACCGGGAGCCAUCACCGGGAGCCAUCACCGGGAGCCAUCACCGGGAGCCACCACCGGCAGGUCGUACCAAGAGCGCUGUUCUCUCGUCCUAAACAACUUGUCUCCCGUAAUGAUCACAGAAUAUCUCUUAACUCUUCAUCAGUAAAAUAUCAGUAUUAUAAACCAUUUAAAAACAUAUGUGAAAGUUCCGUUAUUUGAAUAUGGUUAAAUAGCAUUCUGUUAUCUGAACAUAUCAACAUAAGCUAGAAUUUAGAAUCGUUGCAAUCUGCAAUAUACAUCCAAUAAGCAAUAUAAUAAAUGAUUACUACGAAAUUUGUACCAGAGGAGGAGCUGUUGUAUUUUGUUCAUGUACAUCGAUGACCUUGGUAUUAUAAAUAAACAUUUUUGCUUC